AUGUCUGAGAGACGCGUUCGUGUUGUCACUCCAGUCUCUUCGGAGGCUGGCGACUCACUCCCUCCAGAUGCUGGUGACAUAUGGACUAGCAUCAUGUUCAGUUCUAAUCCCACUCAAGAUCAUGGUGUUGUAUCAAAUGAUGUUGUAUCGAAUGACUCCCCGGUGGAGCCACGCCCUGCAUUGCCCGAGGACCCCAUAGAUUGGUGGGGCAACUAUGAAUAUCGGGUUGAUUCUUUAGGAAAGAGAGAGAAAAAUUACGAGCGAUGUUUUAAUGGCGACUUUGAUGAAGUCACAAGCAUGCUGUCAGAGUUGCUCCGCACACCCAACUUUUUGACAGCCCGGUGUUCCCCAUCAAUGGGGGUCGUUGGCGUGUCACCAGCCGUCCAAACAUCGGCAGAAGGCUGUACAAGACCGGAAGGAACUCACUCCUUCGAUCAAGAUGUCGAAUCAACGCUCCCGACGUAUCAUCCCUAUGAUUGUGGAUGGGAUGAUACCGUUUCAAAUGCUUCAGUUUCACCUGAAGUAUCGUCGCCGAUGGAUCCGUACGAUUGCGGAUGGGAGGAUGACAUGAAUGUGACAUCCCAGGAAACAAUCAUGCCGUUAGAGCAAAUAUUAACGGAUGUAAGAUCAAACGGAGAACAUCCGACCGAAUUGUCCUACCGUCUUAGCGACAACAUGUUAUGUGUUAUGGAUGCUCUGAUCAUCAACGAGACGGUGCCCCCGAACGAGUCAUCGACCGAAGAUCCAUAUGACUGUGGAUGGGGUGAUAUCGUGACUGCUACGGCCGUCCAAGCAACGGAUGAAAGUGCGUGGGUCAUUUACAAAGCGAUAUCUGAGCUGACCGGGCGUGUGAAGAUAUCAAAGCUAAUGCAGGGAUCGGUCUUACAGGACUCCAUAGAUAUUGUGGCCGAUUCAUCAUCUUCCAAGGGCGAGAUGAUCACAUCUGCUGCACCGGCAAAUGAUCCUUACGAUGUUGGAUGGGAUGAUCCUAUGGACGACAGCGACCCCGCAGACAUAGCUUCUAUGGCCGAUCCGUACGAUUGCGGAUGGCAGGAUGCCACAGCUCCGGAAGAUGAUAUUAUGCCGGGAGACCCUGCAGACGAUCCAUACGACUGUGGGUGGGAAGAUCCGAUGGAGGGACCAACUACCAUGCGGCUAUCGGUGGACAAGACAUUCUAUAUGGACACGGAUGUCAUUGACCUUACGUCUGAAUCACCCAGCCGAUCGGUGGACCGGAUAUUCGAUGAGAGGGAUGUCAUUGACCUCACCUCUGAAUCACCCAGCCGAUCGAUGGACCGGACAUUCGAUGAGGAGACGGAUGUCUUAGACCUUACGUCCACAUCAGUCAACCGAUCGGUGGACCGGACAUUCGGUAAGGACACGAAUGCCCUUGUGCUGACGUCUACAUCAGCCAAUUCAGAGAGAUCCAUGUCUCCAACCGAACCCAACGCAUUCCAAGAGGCAGGAGAGUCCAUGCGUCGCGCGAUCCGACGGCUCAACAGCAUAGGACAUAGUGACUUCGAUAGAUAUGUUCGCAACAUUGUCGCACCAGGGGAUGGACUUGUAUAUGACUCACGACCAGGGCUCACUUUCAUGGCCAACCGGCAUUUGUUUGGUGCAUAUGCCGAGGCAAGAGAUCGGGUAACUAACCUCGGGGCUGAUGUCAUAAACAUACAUCGUUUACUUAAUAUUCACCGCCGGAUCAUGUACCCGCUAGAUGCGAUGAUAACCAGAGUGGAGCAGCAGGGGGAUAGUAUGCUAUGA